CUUGACCUUAUCUGUGCCCCUUUUUGUUAGAUAAUGGCCGUUUCUCAUUUCUUUGGACUAGACCCGGCUGGCUACAGGAGGCAGCUUUUAACAGACGCCCACUUUCUGUGUUCACACCGGAGAAUGGACUCAGAGAUGCUUGAAAAACUGGUGCUGCAACUCAAUAGAACCUACCCCCAGAUCCUGUCUGACCAGGAGGCCCAAAAGUUAAGAAAUGUGAGAGUGCUGACCAAGCUGAGAUGUGCUGAGCUGUUGAGGAACCUCCACUGUAAAGGUGAAGAGGUGUGUAAGGAGUUUUAUAGGGGAAUCCAGAUCCAUGCAGAGGACAUGUACUGCAGACUGCCCUCUAGAGUCAGAUACAGAGAGAUGCAAGAACCAAAAAGGAUAAAUGAUGAGACAGCCGACCUUGAACCCAAUGUGCUAAGUAAUAAAGGGCCUGUGUUCUUCUUGAGCUGUUUUAGUUUGGUUGUUGGUGUUGCCAUACUUUACUACUAUAGAGUAUGA